UUUCUCUAGAGGCGUAAGCUGCAUUUUUUCUGCUGCGUCUUCAGCCUCUCAGGGAGCAGGAUCAUUGGCUAAGAGGAAAAAGGAGGGCAGGCAUCCCAGAAACCUCUCCAGUCUCCCGCCACCCGUUGGCCCUAGGAGGGAGGGCUUUGACCUACUUGUCGCCCUGGCGCGGCUUCUUCCCGCCGGGCCCGCCCCUUCCCAGGUCCUGCCCCAAGUACGGGCCACCGUCUGGAGGAGAGCCCUUGUCCUACCUCACGCACGCCCUAGCCACGCUGGACCAGCCUGGGACCCCCUUUCUCCCUGGGAGCCCGCGCUUCCGCCUCCGGGGCGGAGACUCCUCCCCCUCGCCGUCCCAGUCGCAUUCCCUGGAAAAGCCGCCGGAAAAGCCGCCGCCUGCUUGGCCCGGGACGGGCGAGGAGCCGGUUCCUUCCCGCAGCCCGCUCGCUGAGCCCUGGGAAGCGCCGCGCCGUGGCCGCGAGCUCACCCGGGCCCCGCUGCAGCCGGCGCGGUUUCAGCACCACGGACAGCGCCCCGCCCGCGGCGUGCCCCAACCGGCGUGGAUAGGGCCACGAGCGAUGCCUGCGGCAUGGCCCAGCGCCCUGGCCCCAUGGCGCUGCUCCUCAGCUUCGGCCUCCUCGGGCUGUGCUCAGGUGUGUGGGGUACGGAUGCAGAGGAGCGGCUGGUGGAGCAUCUCCUGGAUCCCUCCCGCUACAACAAGCUUAUCCGCCCAGCCACCAACGGCUCUGAACUUGUGACAGUACAGCUCAUGGUAUCAUUGGCACAGCUCAUCAGUGUGCAUGAGCGGGAGCAGAUCAUGACCACCAACGUCUGGCUGACCCAGGAGUGGGAGGAUUAUCGCCUCACCUGGAAUCCUGAGGAGUUUGACAAUAUGAAGAAAGUCCGGCUCCCUUCCAAACACAUCUGGCUCCCGGAUGUGGUUCUCUACAACAACGCCGACGGCACGUACGAGGUGUCCUUCUAUUCCAACGCCUUGGUGUCCUACGACGGCAGCAUCUUCUGGCUGCCGCCCGCCAUCUACAAGAGCGCCUGCAAGAUUGAAGUGAAGCACUUCCCGUUCGACCAGCAGAACUGCACCAUGAAGUUCCGCUCCUGGACCUACGACCGCACGGAGAUCGACCUGGUGCUCAAGAGCGACGUGGCCAACCUGGACGACUUCACACCCAGUGGCGAGUGGGACAUCGUGGCGCUGCCGGGCCGGCGCAACGAGAACCCCGACGACUCCACGUACGUGGACAUCACGUACGACUUCAUCAUCCGCCGCAAGCCGCUCUUCUACACCAUCAACCUCAUCAUCCCGUGCGUGCUCAUCACCUCGCUGGCCAUCCUCGUCUUCUAUCUGCCGUCCGACUGCGGCGAGAAGAUGACCCUGUGCAUCUCCGUGCUGCUGGCGCUCACCGUCUUCCUGCUGCUCAUCUCCAAGAUCGUGCCGCCCACCUCGCUGGACGUGCCGCUCGUCGGCAAGUACCUCAUGUUCACCAUGGUGCUGGUCACCUUCUCCAUCGUCACCAGCGUGUGCGUGCUCAACGUGCACCACCGCUCACCCACCACGCACACCAUGGCGCCCUGGGUCAAGGUCGUCUUCCUGGAGAAGCUGCCCGCGCUGCUCUUCAUGCAGCAGCCGCGCCACCGCUGCGCCCGCCAGCGCCUGCGCCUGCGCCGGCGCCAGCACGAACGCGAGGUGGGCGCCCCCUUCUUCCGCGAGCCGCGAGGGGCCGACUCCUGCACCUGCUUCGUCAACCGCGCGUCGGUCCAGGGCUUGGCCGGGGCCUUCGGGGCUGAGCCCGCGCCGGCGGCGCCGUGUGGCUGCGGCCUCCGGGAGGCGGUGGACGGGGUGCGCUUCAUCGCCGACCACGUGCGCAGCGAGGACGACGACCAGAGCGUGAGUGAGGACUGGAAGUAUGUCGCCAUGGUGAUCGACCGCCUGUUCCUCUGGAUCUUCGUCUUCGUCUGUGUCUUUGGCACUGUUGGCAUGUUCCUGCAGCCCCUCUUCCAGAACUACACAGCCGCCACCUCCCUCCACCCCGCCUCCUCGGCCCCCAGCUCCAAGUGAGCCCUCCCUCGCCGCCGUGAACCCUGGCCCCUGCCCUCUGCUGUACGGUAGUGGUGGGUGCACAGUGCAUGCGGGAGCUGCCAGGAAGCGGGGUGCUGCCCCCCAGAGCCAUUCUCUGACCUCAGCGGGAGCCCCUCUCCCCGCUCCUCUGUCUGCAACAGCCGGGGAGGUGGGACCAGCUAUAUCUUCCUCCGCUUCUGCCAACCCUAGUGAGAGUGCUGGUGGCGCAGGCUUGAAGGCAGAGGGGACAGAAUCAGCCACUGCCUCCAAGUCCUGGGAGGAGGGCCGAGGGGCAGGAGGUGGCCUGGCUGACACAGUGGUGGCUUAGGAGAAAGGACGGAGAGGAGAGGCCUGGGUGUGACUUUACUGGGCCUGGUGGGCAACACCGAGUGGGCAGUUCUUGCCCAGAGGGCUGAGUGUGGGGGAGGUGCCCAACGCAGUCCCCAGGCCCUGCCACUAGGGGGCCCCAAGCCUGCCCUUCUGUCCAGUGGAGAAUUCUCUGUACCUCUUAUACUUCUUCCUGUCCUUUCUCCUUGGGCUGAGGGUGGGCAAGGCUGGGAAUUAGGGAGGCUCCCCACUCUGACACUCCAGGUGAGCUGCUAGGAAUCUGGGCCGUGGAAGGGCGAGGCCACAGGGUGUUUGGUUUCUGUGUGAGAAGAGCCUUUUACAGUCAGGGAGUCCAGCAGGGUCUGUUAGAGACGAAGCAGUAGCUGACGGGGAGCCGAGGGGGGCGAACUCUGACCCUCCCACCCCACCCGAGAUCUAUCUGUCCAGGGGCCUGUCUUUCCCCCACUUUGCACUUCUGAGCGCACCAGGAAGCUAAGGGUGGACGGGGGCCUCCAGUAGACGGAGCCCAGUGCCCUCCACUCAUCUCCAGCCUCCUGCUCCGCUCUCCCCUCCCUCUUCGCACUGGGCUGGAGCAGGUCGGAAGCAGAAUUUUGGAAGACAUCCCUAGUGGCCAGUAACUCCUCAGAAAGCUUCACUUCCUGCCCGUGGCUUCCAGGCAGCAGAAACCUGACGCUGCUCCCAAGGCCAGCUGGGAGAUCUCCCAGGGGAUCUCCCGCCCCGCCCCUACCUUGUGACUCACCCUGAUUUGUGGUCCCAGCUUUGUAAAGUGCUGGGCUAGCAGAUGGCAGGUCACAGAAGUCAGUCUGCCAGGUGCUCCCAAGGGGCCUGGCCUCACCCAGCCCAUUCUGUCCUCUGGAGCACAGCUUCCCCCAGGCACAGCGGAGCCAGGGGCGGGGCUCACAGUGGGUGGGAGGAGGCAGGCAGAGGUGAAGAACUCUGGACAAGGAUCGCGGAGUCUGGGUGCCAGCCCUGUCCCACUGCCUACUUCUUGGGCCACCUGGACCAAGUCCAUUUGCCUUGCUAGGUCUCAGCCUCCAGGUCUGCAAGAUGGGGACAGUGAUGCCGUUUUCAUGAGGUUGCGGCUGGACCGGUGAGCCGGUGGGAAUGGGGCCACCUGUUGUAGCAGCCUCUGUCCCCCCCCCCCUUCAGUAAACCAAGUCCCCUCAAACAGGGCUUGGAUGUAGAGGAGGGGCGGGGAAGGCAGUGAGUGCCUGGGCAGCAGCAGCACCAGGCUGGCUGCACCAAGCCCGGGGGAGGCGGCAGGCUUCCCUCUGCCGCAUCCCCAGCAGGUGUGUCCCAUCUGGGGGCUGGGCCCUUGCCCUGUCCCUGCCUCCCUUCUGGGUCAGCGCCUCCUGACACAGGUGGGCACUCAGAUCCCUCCUGUGCUAUCCGUGGAAGAACACAGUGGGCCACAGAGCCAGCACCCGUGGCACCUGUGCCUCGGUGCAGCCCCAGCUGUCAGAGGCUGCGGCAAGGAAGAGAGGGGUCCAGGUAUAGGAGGUGGUGACUGGACAGGGCCAAUCCCUCCAUCCCUGGGCACAGCCCCUUAGGGAUCAUCAAAACAGGAGAGGGCCACACUGCACGGGCAGGGUGUUAGCACGUGUCAGCGCGGAGGCACUGGCGAGCUCUGGGGAACCCACACUGUUGCCUCCU